AUAUGCUUAGGUUUUUAUUUGGCAAAUCGUUGUAAAUUUACUAGUAUUUUCUAAGUGGAAAAAAGUUGCCUAGCUUUUUUCCAAGUAAAUCCAACUCCAAUUUUUUUUCAAUCCAAGAGAAACUCAGUUACUUGGUGUUGCUUUAAAGGGUAGAAUUCACUACUACGAUGUCUGAUUUGCUGUUCUCCUAUGUUGAAUGUUUAAAUGUUUUUUUGUGUGUUUCAGUGAGUGAUCUGAGGAUUGUUCUGCUGGGCAAGAAUGUGUCAGAAAACAGUGGAGUGGGAAACUUCAUAUUAGGGCGAGCAGCGUUUGACAGUGAAGCUCCUCCAGAUGUUGUGGAGAGAGUCGGAGGAAGACUGAAGGACAGACACGUGACCAUCAUCAACAGUCCUCAGCUGCUCAACACACAUCUGUCACUCCAUCACGUCACACACACAGUGAGAGAGUGUGUGAAUCUGUCUGAUCCAGGACCUCAUGUCUUCAUACUCGUACUACAAAACAAUGACAUCACUGAAGAAGACAGAUACAGAGUGAAAACUGUCCUGAGAGAAUUCAGUGAAGAGGCGAUUAAACGCACCAUUGUGCUCACGACUGAUGAAGAUACGCACGACGCUAAAGGUGCACCUGUGACAGUUAAAAAAGUAAUUCAACAGUUAAAUGCCGAAUGUGGAGGAGGACAUCUGCAGCUUGAACAUGCAACAGAGGAAUGGUGCUCUAUAAUAUCGCAACGAAUAGAGAAGAUUCUCAGAGAAAACAGUGAAGAAUUUCUCACAUGUGAACUCUAUGAUUACGCAGAAGGAUCAUCAGUAGAUGAAGAUCACAACAGGUCCUUUGCUUCACUCGGAACGGAGGAGGAAGACGAAGAGUCUGAUGCAGACGAUGAUGGAAAAUACCUAGAAACUCGUACUGAGAAAAAGAAAGCAAAAGGGUUUAUUCGCAAUAUACCGCUAAUGUCAUAUUUUAGUAAUCCAGAGACCAGACCAGAGCAUUAUCCAGCAAAGAGAAAUGUACGCGUGAGCAGAAAAAAGAAGUUGUGUGUUGUGUUAUGUGGAAGUGAUGGAAGACUGAAGGCCUCCGUAUCAAGACUUAUAAGAGGAAAAAAUAAGUUUUUUCCCCCCUUACACCUGAAAGAGAAAGAGUGUGUGAGGAGAAACCUGGAGCUUCAUGGACGUGUGGUCAGUCUGGUGAAGCUUCCAGCUGUCAAUCGGCUCUCAGAGGAGGAAGUGAUGCGUAAUACUCUCCGCUGUGUGUCUCUCUGUGAUCCUGGAGUUCAUGUUUUCCUCUUCAUUGUUCCUGAUGCUCCACUGACUGAUGAAGACAAAGCAGAAAUGGAGGAGAUCCAGAGGAUAUUCGGCUCAAGCAUCAAAAACCACCUCAUGGUUCUCAUUAUCCAAGAGAAGAGCAUGAUUAGUAAACUGAUUGGUAGUAAAAGUCUAUGUAAUACUUCAGCUACUGAGACGUCUCUUAAAACAUUUGGAGGUCAUCGUUUUGUCCUGGAGAACAGCUCGCAGGUUCCCGCUCUACUUCAGGAUGUGGAGAACAUGGUAGAAGAGAACAGAGGAAGUUUCUACACCACCUUCAUGUACCUUCAGGCUCGAGUAGAACUGGAGAAAAACAAACACAGAGCUGAAAUAGGGGAACUGAGAAGAUCUAUGAUGAAAACUCAAUCAGGUUUAAUACACAGUGAUAUUGGAGUGAGGAUCGUUUUGCUGGGAAAGACGGGUGUCGGGAAAAGUGCAACAGGAAACACCAUACUGAGAAAAACAGCUUUUAAAUCAAAACUGGCUUCACGCUCAGUGACCCGAGAGUGUCAGAAAGAAACAGCUGAGUUCAACAGAAGACGGAUCACUGUGAUCGACACUCCAGGCCUGUAUGAUACUGCCGUUGAUAAUGUUGAGACCAGGAAGGAGAUUGUGAAGUGCGUCUCAAUGGCGGCACCCGGACCACAUGUGUUUCUGCUGGUGAUUCAACUGGGACGAUUCACUCAAGAGGAGAAAGAUGCAGUGAAGAUGAUCCAGGAGUCUUUUGGAGACCAAUCCAGAAUGUACACCAUGGUGCUGUUCACCAGAGGAGAUGAGCUUAGAGGAGCAAGAGUUGAAGAUUUUAUUGAAGAUGAUGAUAGUUUAAAGAGCCUCAUCCAGCAGUUUGGUCACAGAUACCAUGUGAUUAAUAACAUUGAGACUGAAGAUCGAAAACAGGUUUCUGAGUUGUUCGAUAAGAUUGACUGUUUGGUGGCAGCAAAUGGAGGGAGUUUCUACACUAAUGAGAUGUUCCAGCUGGUGGAGAAGAACAUCAAAGAGGAACAAGAGAGAAUACUGAAAGAGAAAGAAGAAGAGAUCAAGAGAAAAGAAGAAGAGCUGAAAACCAAAUAUGAAUCUGAAAUAGAACAAAUGAAGGAAGAAAACGAGAGAGAAAGACAAGAGAUGCACAACGAACUGAGAAAAAGUGAAGAAGAAUUCAAGAAGAAAGAAGAGGAGAUCAAGAAAGAAAAAGAUGAAAACCUACAAAAAGAGCUGCAGAAAAAACCGGAGGAGCAGCAGAAACUGUUUGAAGACGAGAAUAAAAGAAAAGAAAAGGCUUUAGGAGAACAGCAAGAGAACUUCAUAAAAUACCUGGAAGAACAACAUGAGAAAGACAAACAAAAACUUCAGGAGAAAAUUCAACGUGAAACUAGAGAACAAGCAGAGCGUGAAUAUCUUAUAAAGCUUGAGAGAGAAGUGGCUAGAGCUUUAAAAGAAGCUGAAGAACAACUACCAUGUAGUGCAAAACGAGCUCGUGACUGGAGUCGGCAUGGAGGUUUUCUAGGAGCAGCUGCCGGAUGUUUUGUUGGUUCUUAUGAGGACAUGGUGUAUUGGAUUGUCAGAUUAUGUUUUAAAGGUCAAGCUCAAAUUCAAACUGAAGGAAGUAAAAUCAGUGUUAUCUCUCGCAGGACGAUGAAAGGACAGACGUCAGGAUCCACUGAAGACAGAAUAUCAAAAACAGUACUAGAACAGAAUAUCAACAUGUCCAGCAGAGUGAGUGAUCUGAGGGUUGUUCUGCUGGGGAAGAGUGUGUCAGAAAACAGUGAAGUGGGAAACUUCAUAUUAGGACGAGCAGCGUUUGACAGUGAAGCUCCUCCAGAUGUUGUUGAAAGAGUCGGAGGAAGACUGAAGGACAGACGUGUAACCAUCAUCAACAGUCCUCAGCUGCUCAACACACACAUCUCAGAUCAUCAGAUCACGAAGACCGUGAGAGAGUGUGUGUAUCUGUCUGAUCCAGGACCUCAUGUGAUCGUUCUGCUCCUCAAACAUGAUCAGUGUUCAGCAGAAGAUCAAGAGUGUGUGGAGAAGGUGCUGGACUCUUUCUCUGAGCAGGUUCAUCAACACACCAUGGUGCUCACGACACAAGAGCCGACUCAAACCAACGACAUCCUACAGAAAAUCAUUCAGAAAUGCUGUAACAGACACUUCAGUCUUCAUGGAAACGGCUCUCCUGAUGAUCUUCUGCAGACGUUUGAGGACAUUGUGCAAACGAAUGAUGGACGGCACCUGGAUUGUGCUGAAGCUUCACAGUGUUUGACAAUGAAGCAACAGGACACAGAAAGACUUUCAGAGGGGGAGAAGCUGAAUCUGGUUGUGUGUGGGAGUGACGGCACAUUAAAGUCCUCCAUAUCAGAGCGGAUCCUGCAGCAGAAAGACAGAAGAUCAGACAUGGAUCUUCAUGGUCAUGUGAUCAGUGUGUUGGAGCUUCCAGCUCUGUUCAACACUCGGCUCUCAGAGGAGGAAGUGAUGCGUCAGACUCUCCGCUGUGUGUCUCUCUGUCAUCCUGGAGUUCAUGUUUUCCUCCUCAUUAUUCCUGAUUCACUGAAUAAUGAAGACAAAGCAGAAAUGGAGGAGAUCCAGAGGAUCUUCAGCUCGAGAAUCAACAAACACAUGAUGAUCCUCAUAAUGCAGAACUCAGAGCAUCAGACAGAGGAACUCGAUGAAGAAACACAGUCUGUUAUUGAGAGGUUUGAAGGACGACAUCAUUUCUUUGGUCCCACCACACGAGUGUCCACAUUGAUGGAGAACAUUGAGCAGAUGCUGGAGGAAAACAGAGGAGAGUUUUUCUCCACAGAGACAUUUCUGGAGGAUAUAUGGAAGAAAUAUGAAGAGAUGAAGAAGAAAAUUCAUUCACAAGAGACACUUUUAGUGUCACAAGGCUCACAAAAAAACACAGAUGAAUUGAGGAUUGUCCUGCUGGGAAAAACUGGAGUUGGGAAAAGUGCGACUGGAAACACAAUCUUAGGAAGAAAAGCGUUUACAGCAGAAAUAUCUCAAGAGUCCGUGACUAAAGAGAGUCAGAGAGAAACAUCUGACAUCAACGGCCGACACGUUACUGUGAUCGACAAUCCAGGACUGUUUGAUACUAAACUCACUAAUGAAGAGAUCCAGAGAGAAAUCAGACACUGCAUCUCCAUGAUCCUGCCUGGACCGCAUGUGUUCAUCAUUGUGCUCAAUUUAGGACAACGGUUCACUCAAGAAGAAGCAACUACAGUGAAGAUCAUCCAGGAGACGUUUGGAGAGAAAUCUUUAAUGUUCACCAUGGUGCUCUUCACCAGAGGAGACGAUCUGAAGGACAAAACCAUUGACCAGUGUUUGGGAAAACCUGGAUCUCCUCUGAUGAACCUGAUCGAAGCGUGUGGAAACAGAUAUCAUGUGUUCAACAAUAAUCAGACUGGAGACCGAAUACAGGUGUCUGAUCUACUGGAGAAGAUAGACCACAUGGUGAACGCAAACGGAGGGAGUUUCUACUCCUGUAAGAUGUUCAGAGAGAUGGAGAGAGAACAACAAGAACAACAGAUGAAGAUCUUGAUGGACAGAGUCAGAGAAACAGAAGAACUGGUGAACAAACUAGAAGAAGAGAUGAGACAAGAACGAGAGACACUCACAAAUGAAAUUGAUCAAAUUAGGCAACAAAAAGAGAAAAUAAAAACAGAAAAAGAUCACCUGCAGAUCAAAUACGACACAGAGACGGAACGACUGAUGAACGGAAUAGAGAACGAGAGGAAGAAAAGAGAAGAAUAUAUAGAAAGAGAGGAACACUAUAAAACACAAAUACAAGAGAAAGAAAGAGAGAUACGAAACAAGAUGAGACAAGAAAUAGAGCAAACAAGGCAAGAAAAAGAGAAAAUAAGAACAGAAAAAGAAAACCUUCAGACCAAAUACAACACCGAAAUAGUCAGAGUGAUCAACAGAAUAGAGAAUGAAUGACAGAAUCACGACAAAGAGAGAAAGAGAAGAGAAGAAGAAUUUAAUGCAAGAGUAGAACAUUAUAAAACACAAUUGAAAGGGAAAGAGAGAGAGAUCCAUGAGAUGAAGAGAGAACGAAGGGAAUGGGAGAGAGAGAAACUAGAGGAAAAGACAAAAAGAGAAGAAGAGGAUGAGAAAAGAAAAGAGAAAGAACAGAGAGUCUGUGAUGAAUUUAAUCAGAAAGUGAAAGAAGAGAGAGAGAGAAUGGAAAGAGAGAAAGAAGAUCUUCAAUCUAAACAUGAAGCAAAAGAAAACAAGAUGAAGAUCCUGAUGGAGGAGAAAGUGGAGAGAGAACGAGAAGAACUGAUGAAGAAACAUGAAGAAGAGAAAGAGAGCAUGAAGAUGAUGAUGAUGGAGAAACUGGAAAACCUGGACAGUGAACGAGAAGAACUGAUGAAGAAACUAGAAGAGAAAGAUAAAAUUAAAAUGAAGAUGGAGGAAGAACUGCAGAAUCGAGAGAAAGAGAGAAAGAGAAGAGAAGAAGCGUUUAAUGAGAGAGAAAAGCAAUAUAAAAGAUACAUCAAAGAGAAACAAGAGAGUGAGGAGAAGAUGCGUGAGGAGAUGAAGAGAGGACGAGAGGAAUGGGAGAAACAGAAACUAGAGGAAAAGAAGAGGAGAGAAGAAGAAGAUGAGAAAAGAAGAGAGAAAGAACAGAGAGUCUGUGAUGAAUUUAAUGAGAGACUAAAAGAAGAGAGAGAGAGAAUGGAGAGAGAGAAAAAAGAUCUUCAAGCUAAACAUGAAGCAAAAGAAAACAAGAUGAAGAUCCUGAUGGAGGAGAAAAUGAACAGAGAACGAGAAGAACUGAUGAAGAAACAGGAAGAAGAGAAAGAGAGAAUAAAGAUAGGGAUAAUGGAGAAACUGGACAGAGAACGAGAAGAACUGAUGAAGAAACUAGACGAAGAGAAAGAGAAAAUGAAGAUGAUGGAGGACGAACUUCAGAAUCAAGAGAAAGAGAGAAAGAGAAGAGAAGAAGAGUUCAAUGAGAGAGAAAAGCAAUAUAAAAGAGAAAUGAAAGAGAAAGAAGAGAGUGAGGAGAAGAUGCGUGAGGAGAUGAAGAGAGGACGAGAGGAAUGGGAGAAACUAGAAGAAAAGAUGGAAAGAGAUGAAGAGGAUGAGAAAGAACAGGGAGAAUGUGAUGAAUUUAAUCAGAAAGUGAAAGAAGAGAGAGAGAGAAUGGAAAGAGAGAAAGAAGAUAUUCAAGCUAAACAUGAAGAGGAAGAAAACAAGAUGAAGAUCCUGAGGGAGGAGAGAGUGGAGAGAGAAAGAGAAGAACUGAUGAAGAAUCAUGAAGAAGAGAAAGAGAGAAUGAAGAUGAGGAUGGAGGAGAAAGUGGAGAACCUGGACAGAGAACGAGAAGAACUGAUGAAGAAACUAGAAGAAGAGAAAGAUAAAAUGAAGAUGAUGGAGGACGAACGACCGAAUCAUGACAAAAAGAGAAAGAGAAGACAAUCGAUUAAUGAGAGCAAAACACAGAAUACAAUGGAAACCAAUGAGACGGAAGAACUGAUGAAGAAACAUGAAGAAGAGAAGAGAAUGAAGAUGAUGAUAGAGGAAGCGUGGAGGAACCAGAGUGAGAUGCGUGAGGAGACGAAGAGAGAACCAGAGGAAUGGGAGAAACAGAAACAGCAAAGUCCAGCAAACCUGCCAAACAUACAGCAAAGAGUGUCUGCUGUCAUUCCCCCAGUCUCCAGACGGAUUGUUCUUCUGGGUAGGAGUGGUGUUGGGAAGAGUGCAGCUGGAAACACAAUACUGGGACGAAAAGAGUUUAAAUCAAUUGCCAAGAAAUGUUCAGCUGCCCGCGCCACUGUUUCACGCAGAUCUGUGUCUGUAGUUGACACUCCUGGAUUAUUCGACACACUGCUGCAUCCUGAUGAGUUAAUGAAGGAGAAAACAAGAAGCAUUCAUUUAUCCAGUCCUGGCCCGCACGCUUUCCUCAUCGUGUUUCCUGUGAGUAUGAGGAUCACUGAGGAGGAUCAGCAGAUUCUUCAGAUGAUUGAGAUGAUGUUUGGAGAAGAAGUGUUAAAAUACUCCAUCAUUCUCUUCACUCAUGGAGAUCAGCUAGAAGGAAAGGCCAUAAAGAAUCUCAUUAAGCAGAACAGUGCUUUAAACAGUCUAGUUGGUCAGUGUGGAGGCAGAUAUCACGUCUUCAACAAUACAAACAUGAGAAGAAGAAAGCAGGUGAAUGAUCUACUGAAGAAGAUUGACACAAUGGUAGAGCAGAAUGGAGGAGGACACUACAGUAAUGACACACUUCCAGAUGGUCACAUCUUAAGACAAGAAGAGGAACAGCAGAAAUAGAGAGAGGAAAAAGAGAGAAAAUAACAAGAGAAACAAAGGCAGAUCUGUGUAUGUAGUUGAUACUGGAUUCACUGACACAAAUGAAACCUGAGUUUGGUCAGGAGGUGUUAAAGCACUCCAUCAUUCUCUUCACUCAUGGAGAUCUGCUUUAGUUUAGGCCUAUAAAUAGACCAAAGGUCAAGUUAUAGUUUUUUGGUGUGUGUAAUACUAUACUCAUAACCAACAAAUACUUACACUCUAAAAAAUGCUGGGUUGUUUUAACCCAAUUUUGGG